AUGCCGACCGCAAUCACGUCCCCCUCUGCGCUCCUUGUGUCCGUUCCGGACCUCCUCGACAUCUCCGACUCGAUCAAGAUCGUGUCCGUGGCGGAGAAGUACGACAACCCCAAGGGCCCGAAUGGCAGAGUGCCAGAAUACACUGUGCCGCAAGGCCCGCCGCCACACGCAUACCACUGCAGCAAGGUCGAGACGUCGUGGACGCAGGGCUUCUUCCCGGGCUUGCUGUGGCUGCUCGUCGAGCGCAGGCGGCUCGCACGAGACACAGUGUACUGGGGCUACAAUGAGGACCGGAUCGCGCACCUCGCCCACCGGUUCCAGGACGGGUUUCGGCACAUGGCGACCGACGCAUUCAAUCACGACCAGGGGUUCCGCUUCCAGCUGUCGUAUGGCAAGGGUCUCGAGCUGGAAGGCAGCAAGGACACGGACGCGCGCCAGGCUGUCAUCGAGGCGGCGGACUCGCUCGUCGCGCGGUACGACGAUAACGUAGGCUGUAUCCGCUCGUGGGACUCGAUGCGCAAGGUCGGCGAGGAGGACGUCUGGCGCCUGGAUAAUAUGGACGAGCACUACCUCGUCAUCAUCGACAACAUGAUGAACCUCGACCUCCUGUACCUCGCGUCCGAGCUCACUGGUGACCCGCACUACGCGACCAUCGCCACGCGCCAAGCGGACAAGUCGCUCACCGCGCACAUCCGGCCGGACGGGACGACGUACCACGUCGUCGACUUCAACCAGGACGGCACGGUCAAGAAGAGCAUGACGCACCAGGGGUACGCGGACGAGAGUACCUGGUCGCGGGGGCAGGCGUGGGCGGCAUACGGGUACGCGCAGUGCGCGUUGCGUACCGGCCGGAAGGACUUUGUCGAGGUGACCCGUAAGGUCGUGGACAAGUUCAUCGCGCUGCUCGGGCCGAGCGGCGUCCCAGAGUGGGACUUUGACGCGCCCCGCCCAGCGCCGUACGACGCGUCCGCGGCAACGAUCACCGCGCGCGCCAUGCAGAUGCUCUACACCCUGCUGAAGGACAGCGAACCCGACGCAGCGGGGUACUACCUCGCGCGCGGGUUCCGCCUCAUCGCCGACGUGCUCCGCGAGUGCAAGACACCCGCGGCGAAUAUCGUCGACGGCGUGGUGGAUUUCGGAGAGGACGGGUGGGAGACCAUCCUCCAGCACUCGACUAUCAACGGGAACCGCCACUCGCCGCGCAAGAUCAUGGACCACGGGCUCGUUUAUGCCGAUUUUUACCUCGUGCAGUUUGGCAACGAGGCGCUCAAGAUGGCGCUGGAGGAGAAGUUGUAG